AUGUCCAAGGGGUUCUAUCGGCAGAAGGAAUAUACUCUUACAAUGCUUCCUCUGGAUAUCAUCCUUUUGAUUGCUGACCACUUGCACUCUGUCGAUCGCACCAUGCUCUGGCUGACGUGCAAAACCUUCCAUGACUCGAUACCCAUGAAAGGUUACCAUCCCAUCGCCUGUCCUUCUGCGCGCGUCAGGGCCAUGCGCCUGUUAUACGACUCUCCUCUCCUCCCCUACUUUGGGCACAACAGCAAGUUCCUAUGUAUGACGAGAAGCAGACGGAAUGUCAGAAAGGUUGUAGAAAAGUUUCAGAAGUGCAGCCUCUGCAACUUCUUCUCAAAAAUGGGGAAAAACAUACAGUGCCCGUUUCACCCACCAAUUGACAAGGGCCUGUAUUCGUUUCCCCAUUUUCGAUCACUAACUCAUGAGGAUCGGAUAAUGCGCAAAAUGACGAGUAGCAGCUCUCUAACCCUGCAAUCAUACAUCAAGGGUUGUCUACCGAGAGUGUUGGACAAGCUAGGGUCUUGCAGCAUCAGUUGUGAAAAGGCCGGGUUUCCAGUAUCAUGGGACAAGGAGUUAGAGAACAUGGAGAAGCGCUAUAACUCUCAGAUCCGUGACCGCCAACAAAUGCUCGGUAUCGGACGGAGUUCUCACCAUCAUGAACCCACCAAAUGGAGGAAUGAGAACUGGCGCAUCAACUUCGCAGACUUCAAUAUCUGGGUCUUCUUCCUCUGCAAUCACUGCAUGAACAUUUUGCCAAAUAAUUCACCGAUGCGUGGCGCCUGUAUCUUCUGCGGCUGCUCCGAUUGUGGCAUAUCUAAGCCGAAGUUCCUUCGGGUUUGUGUGCCCGGAGAACGUCCACGCUUCAUUAUACUAGGCCAAAUCGCUUUCUUCCCGCGGAAAUAG